AUGAAAAAGGAAUUAGUUUUCUUGCUUGUGGCUUCACUGACACAAAUUGUGACAGCAAAUGAAGAAUGGAUGCAAGAGUGCAAGAACCAGAGUGAAACCAUUCAAAUUCAUUCGGCUGGUGGCAACUGGAGAAACCUUACGAGUGAUGAGACGUCUAAUCAAUAUUUUUGGAUCCAACGAACGUUCACGUGCACUGCUGAUCCAGACCAUUUCGCGCUUGUUCGAAUAAACGACCAGAUGGAUUCACCGUCAGACACAAAAACUAUCACUUGUGGAUCCGGGCGUAAAUGGGUGUACAAAGGUGAAGUCGUUCUCAAUGUUGGAUGCUACACAAGCACACGGGCAGAUUGGAUCCUAAAGUCCGAAGAAGAGGAAAGAAUUCGAAAUUGGAUGGGCGAGCAUCACGGAGCUAAAGAGGAUCAAAAGGAUUGGACAUGGAGCAGCACCCAGUAUGAACAACAAAAGAAAAUGCAGCGAAUGGCUUCGGAAAUCCAAAAUCUUUUGGUUAACACCGAUAAUAUCAUCAGAAAGCAAGUCGCCGUUCUACCGGCAGACUAUGUGAAUGCCUAUCGGGAACAACAGGCUUCCUCAGAGAACAACUACUACAUGAGAACGGCCAAAAUUCUCGAGUUGAAGGGAGAUUUUUCGUUCGUUGAUCAGAAAGAAGUAAAAGAAAGUGAUGAUGAAAAGUUGGAUCGAAUGAUUGAUCAAUCGGCUUUGGAUUUGGCACAACGAACAAACAUGUUAAAUGAGGAUAAUCGAACGGAACAAUGUCAACAACAAGCACCUUCUUUCUUGUUGAGCACUUUGAUUUGCAAGCCGCUUGACGCUUUGGAUAUUUGUGAGGAUGAUAAACGAAAAGAACAAGGCUACGACGUAUGCAAUAGUGUGCUAGGAAAAAAUUCGCCACAAGGUUUUGAACAAGAAAGCAUCGAUAUGCGUAACAUUGCAAAGCAAAUUGCUGAAGAAAUGGAGACAAAGAUUCGAGUGAUAAGUGUAGAGGCACCGAGAGUUGCAUCAGCUCUUCACAUAAAAACCCUGGAAGCAAAAAUUCAUCAUCUGAUGCGAUUAGCAAAGGAAGUUGUCAAAUCUUUG